GGCGAAACCUAAUCCCGCCGUGACAAGCGGGACACCGAGUCCGCCUCCUCCUCGAUCGCACACUCCGCCCUCCCCUGCCCGAUCGUUCGGCAGCAGCACGACGCUCCUCCUCUAUUUAUUUCGUCUCCAGCAGCGCUCCGGCUAGUCUUCUCUGCUCGGAAGAGGGGCUGAGGAAGGAGGAAGAGUCCCAAAACCAAACCAAAGGGUUACUAAUGUCUCACAACCCCUCCCAGCUGCUCCCUGCGGAGCUGAUCGAUCGGUGCAUUGGGUCGAAGAUAUGGGUUAUAAUGAAAGGCGACAAGGAACUCGUUGGGACCCUUAAAGGCUUCGAUGUCUACGUCAACAUGGUCCUUGAAGAUGUCACCGAAUAUGAAAUUACAGCUGAAGGACGUAGGAUAACAAAACUUGACCAGAUACUGCUAAAUGGAAACAACAUCGCCAUUCUGGUCCCUGGUGGUUCUCCGGAUCCAGAGUAAGCCGGCAACUUCUAUGUGGAAGUUUUAAUGAAGCAAGCUGAAGCCUUUUAGCAUAUUUAGGUUCACUAAGUUGUCUUAAUAUAUCAAAAAUGUUCAAAGUACACGUUCCAGCCAUUUAGCUUCUGAGUACAUGCACUAGAUAAAUGUCUACUCUCUGUCAAUCAACUAUUUUUCUCCUGAAACUCUAUCUGGACUGCGUUUGAUUACCUGAUGCUUCAUUAUUGAACAUAUUGCUUGCAGCA